AUGGCCGCACCUUUCUCCUUCGCCUUGCCCUCCGUGGUGCCACAAGACUUGCAGCUCAUACAGGACAUCAUUGGCGUAGUGCCUGACCCCGUUCCCAGCAAAACUGCCGAGCCGCCCACAGCAGAUUCCGACCAUGAACACGGGACAGACAGCGAUACAGACAGUGAAAAGGAGGUCGAGGCUGACAUCCUCGGUGGGGUCGAGGACGAGGACACCGCGAUUGCGCCUCCCUCAGAAUCUACAAGCGAUUCAGACUCGUCAAGCGAGUCCGACUCGGACUCCGAGAAGGAAGAUGCACCCGAAACACGGAAAGUUGCGCCGAAACGAGUGGAUGCAGACCUUGACGAUGAGGACGAGGCGGGCCCUUCCGAUGCCCAAGUCCGCACAAAAAACGAGACCGUGGAAGUUGACAUCAUGGUUCCCGAGAUAUCGGAAGUUGGCCCGCACGACGAGCUGGAGAAGGUGGGCGAGGUCCUGAGCAUAGUCGACAAGGUUGUCAUCAUCAAGGGCCAACCGUCCGCCAUCGCCAACAGAGGUUCCGAAAAGGCCCUCGACUGUGAUACACUUUUAGUCUUCGAGGACAGGAAGGUCUUGGGUUACAUCUUUGAGACCUUUGGUCCGACUAGCGAGCCGCUCUACCAAAUCAGGUUCAACCAGAAAUUCCCCUUGGACACCGAGAAGGUUCAAGUUGGUCGAGUGGUAUACCACGUCCCGGACAGGAGCAACUACGUCUUCGUUCGUCAACUCCAGCAAUACAAGGGUAGCGAUGCCAGUAAUGUCCACGACGAAGAGCCCGGUGACGAUGAAGUUGAGUUUUCGGAUGACGAGCAGGAGGCCGCACACAAACGAGCGGCAGCGCACCGGCGCGAGCAGUCGCGGGGACGGUCAGUUACCUCUUCUCGACAUACAACACCAGUACCAUCCAGAAUGCGGGAUCAAGAUAUGGCCGACGACCCUUACGGCGGCAGCUCAUACGAGCAACCUCUCUCGUACAACGAUAUGGACUUCGGCGCGGGCCCCUCCCGACCCGCGCCUAUACCAUACGACGAUCCCUAUGCGGAAUCAUACGGUGCCGCGCCACCACCCGCAACUACUCAGCCGCAGGAUGCCCCUGUUUCCCCUCCUCCUAGUACGCCCUUCGAGGCCGGUCGCCCGGAACGGGGUAUGGGGCGUGGACGGGGACGAGGUGGCGGCACCCGGGGCGGCGUUCAAAGGCGCGAGGAACCCGGUAGGGGACGCGGUCGCGAUCGACGUCAGAAUGACCGCGGACGUGGACGCGGUCGAGGCCGCGGCGGAUCCUCCUCUGACGGGUGGCCCGCGAGACAGGGCCCCCCUCCGACCGAGCACGAACCCCGCGUUCCCCGACCUCUAUCGCCGACGUCUCUCGCGAUCGCCCGGGCGACCGGGCAGUACGCGGAGGGCCCUCCAGCCGAGUCGCCCGAGAUGUACAACCAGAUGCAGAUGCAGCACGCAGGUGGCGGCGGCGGAUGGGGCUUCCCGCAGCACCCUAUGCAGAGCUACGACUUUGGGUUUGGGCACCAGUACCCACAGGUGCAGCCGCAUAUCAACCCACGCUUCGCAUACAACUUCGGUAUGCCGGGCAUGGGGAUGGGGAUGGGGAUGGGUAUGAACAUGGGUUACCCGUACGGCGGUCAGCCCGCCCCGUACAGCCACGACGCUGCGGGGUACAGUGUGGGCCCUCCCGCGGACGGUAGUGGAUGGGGCGGCGGUGGUCAAUGGAGCGCGCCUUCCGAUCCUCCUCAUGGUCAGGCCCAGGGCCAGGACGGUGGGGGCAAAAGCGCCUAAGAGCGCACAUUGAUUACUUGUAUAUGUCGUUUGCUUUGCAGGUUGUGUAUCGCACUAUGUAUUGCUAUCCGUAUGUGAUUCUA